AUAUAUUAAAAAUAAAUAAAUAAUGCGGAAAUAUAGUUUUAUAAAAAACUGCACGUUUUUGGAUUAAGAAAUGUUUGAGCAAUGAUUAUGUUUUGAGCCAUUACCAACUGCAACAGAACCCCAAGCCUUUUUGUUAAGCAGGUCGUGAGUGCGAAUCCUCUGUGACCGAUACUUCUCAGUCACGAGAAUAUGGGGAUGAUAACGCUUGCGAUCGGGGAUACAGUGAUAACGUUUUUGUGGGUGUUUUUGGUAUCAUGUUUGGGGGCAGGGACUUCAGUGAUAGCCUCGUAUUUGGAUGUGGAUGGGACAUGGAAGCUGGUUAUAACCAUUGUUCUGUUGGUUGCGCUGGUCUUUGUCUUUUCUUCUUUGGGAGAUGCCAUGGGAGGAGCCAGCUGGAAUCCUACUGCAUUGACUGCUGGCUUUGCCUUGGGUUCUGGCAAUGAUAGCUUGAUUAGCAUGGCUAUUAGGUUUCCUGCCCAGGCAGCUGGAGCUGUAGGUGGGGCAUUGGCAAUUAUGGAGCUUAUGCCUGAACCUUACAAGCACAUGCUGGGGGGCCCUUCUGUAAAGGUUGAAUUGCACACAGCAGCUAUUGCAGAAGGGGUGUUGACAUUUGUCAUCAGUUUUCUUGUUCUUCUAAUUAUUAUCAAAGGACCUAAGAACUCACUCUUAAAAUCCUUGUUGAUCUCAUUAACAACUAUUACAUUAGUUCUUUCAGGUUCUUCAUAUACUGGACCAUCUAUGAACCCAGCUAAUGCAUUUGGCUGGGCAUAUGUCAACAAUCGACAUAAUACAUGGGAGCAGUUUUACGUCUACUGGAUUGCUCCUUUUGUUGGAUCUAUUUUAGCUGCAUGGUUUUUUCGAUUGUUUCAUACACCCGGUUCCUCAAAGAAGGAGAAGAAAGCAUAAGCCCGUAUCGGUCUCCAUAGUGAAAUUAGCCAUGUUUCUCUCUUUUAAGAUCGAAUGUGGGAAAAUGUUGCUUCAAAUAAGAUCGAGAAAGAGUAGAAUUCCACUUCAAUUAGUGGGAUUGGUUGUGGACAAACAGCAUAACUUCCUAUCUAGGUUUUGUUUUUUCUAAUUUAUUGUCAGUUCACUAAUAUGUAUAAUUUUGAGUGUCAAAGCUAUAUUUCCUGAUGUUACAGAAAUACAUUGUUCUUUUUGUCGAAUUUUAAGGGUUUUGGAUAAACUGUUCCACAAUAAUCAUCUUGAUUGUCAAAGCUGCAUUUCGCGAUGUUACAGAAAUACAUUCAUCUUUUUGUAGAA